AUGGAUCUCAUCACUUUCGUGGCUCUGUCGGUGCAGGCGGCCGAGGCACGGGCCGAGGCUCAGGCCAAGUCGGAGCUGGAGCUGCUGGCGCGGGCGUCGAAGCGGUCGUGGCUGCUGGAGGGCGCGGGAUACUGGGCACUGAUGCAGGUGACGGGCUCGAUGGCCUUGGCGCCGCUGAUUGUGGCCUAUUCGCCGGUAGACGGGGAGCUUCCCGAGACGACUGAUACUGCGCUUGGCUCGACCAUCGAUGCGCUAGGCACUAUGGGCACUGCUGGCCGCAUCGGCGUCGCCGGCAUGCUCGUCGCCUUUGCCGGCUCCAUCCUCUACGGCGUCCGCUCCUACGCCUCGCGCUACGUCGACGAGGUCCUCGUGGCCAAGCGCGAUCUGCGCGCCUUCCUUGACGAGGGCAAGCCCAUCCGCAAGCUGCAUCUCAAAACGCUGACCCUACUUGGCCAGCCGCGCGUCGCCCCGGUCUCGGUCGCGUCCAUGUCGGUCGAGCUGAUCAAGGGCCUGCCUGCCCACGAGGCCUUUGUCCGCGAUCUGGUCGCCGACGCCGCCGCCGCUGCGCCUGCCGAGGAGCGCCCGCGUCGCUCGUCCCGCCACGGCAAGCGCAGUGACAUGAAGCGCACGUUUACCUUCCGCACCGCCGACCCGCGCACCCCCGGCCCGUUUGUCAUCGACUUUGACGGCGACCUCUUCCACAACGAGCUCGCUUUUGACCUCCUCGUCCGCCACAAGCUCGCUCCGCCGCGGGCUAAGCCUGAUCCGGCACUCUACGCUCAGCGCUGA